AUUGGUUCCCUAGCAAGAGUCUCUCCUCAGCUUUAAGUCGCUGCCUAAGCUACCCAGCUACCAGUCCCUGAGCAAAUCUCUCCUCGGAUUCAAGUCGCUGCUUAAGCUUUCCUGCUACCAGGACACCCCACCAUGUUGGGCGCUGUGAUAGGAGGAGCUUUGGCCUUGACAGCUGCACCUGUAACCCUGAGUGCCAUGGGCUUCACUGGGGCAGGAAUUGCGGCCUCAUCCAUAGCAGCCAAGAUGAUGUCUGCAUCAGCAAUCGCCAAUGGAGGUGGUGUUGCAGCAGGAAGCCUGGUAGCUACACUCCAAUCAGUGGGGGCCGCUGGACUCUCUACAUCAUCCAGCAUCAUCCUGGGCACUGCUGGGGCAAUCUUAGGAGCCUUGUUUUGAACUUGGGAGAUGACACCUCUACGAGUGGAACCCAAAGUCUAUCCAGGAGAUAAUCUACCAAGACGAACCCCCCCCAAAAAAAAAGAACCCUCACUGGAGUCAGAGAAAGAGAAAAAAAAAAAAUAAAGGUUAUCUGCUGGCAUGCCUA